AUGAAACAGGGUGAUCGAGUUAGAAUCGCUAAUUAUGAUUGCUCAUUUUAUGAACGUCUUAACAGUUACAAUAAGCUAACUUGGAGUCCACGAAUGGCUAUGUAUAUUGGCAAAAUUGGCAUUAUCAGAGAAAUAACGGUGGAAUCCGUACAAGUCACCUUCUUCAGCUGGGGACCAGCAGAGGCUACCACGACAAUUUCUUCGAAUAGUUCAACCCAUAAAGAUAAAAAAGUGUUCUCUGAAACUAUUCGAAAUACUCUAGUGGAAGCAACUUACUCCUGGCAUCCGAAAGUGGUACUUUCAGCUCAAACAAUUUGCAUGUUGGAUGGUGAUCGUGCUAUUUUGAUCCGAGAUAAGGUUUACUACUUAUCCAGUCAAAACUUAUCAUUCUUAAUGCGUGAUCGCAAUCUUCCCACACAUUUGGUCAAUAUAAACCGUACGCCAGCACGAGUAGUAUUUGGUACUAAUGCAGUAGAGCAAAAUUCAAACAAUAUUGUGGAAGCACUAAAAUAUUGGGCUGAAACUGGUGAUGACCAGAAAUUUCGACUUGCACUUCAUUACGAUCCGGAUUCAGUAACAAAUUUUGCUUUUAAACUUUUGAUCAUACUUUUAUUUUAUUAUAUUUGCAUGAAAAAUGCUGUCAUCGAUGGUCAAACACCGUUAAUGAUAGCAGUUGAUUUGGGUCUGUGGACUGCUACAGCAGCACUGAUAUGUAUGGGUGCUGAGACAAAAGUUUCUGAUCCACAUGGCAAUGGAUUGUAUCACAUUGCUGCAAAACGGUCCAUAUUUUAUUACUUGAUAUGCUUACUGAAUUAA